AUGAUGGAGUCCGACACAUCAUCCCCCGAAUCAAGUCAGGCUAGCCAUGCCAGUCAUUUUCUUGAUCAGGCGCGGAAUAUAAACAAUCCCAUUGAUUCCAUUUCCUCUGCGGCCCGACGAGCCGUUCAGCUAUUAUCUUCUGAUUCAUCAGAAGCUCUGGAAGGACGACAAGCAGAAGAUCACGAUGAGCGGUCUCUUGACUCGGAGAAAGUCGAGUUUCGCAUUCCUUUGAACACGACAGAUCGGAACAUAUCUACGACAUACGUGGACCGUUUUCAUUCCGAAUCCGACCACCCCAUGGAUAUACUGGAUUCUACGAAGGCCGCGAUGAACGUUCCAAAGACGUAUCCGCACUUGGGUUGGCGGUUAUCUACAGCCCGCCGCACGGACCCCCCACAUCGGCUUUUAACUUCUCAAGAUCUCAACAGCGCUUUCAAAGCUGCACGUUUUGAGCAGAUGUCUGGCAGGAAAAGGAAGAAACUUGCCAUCGAAAUCGUCAACACCAUGCCUGUGAUAAAAGGGAAGCCAGCAAAAAAAGAGGCAAGCACAUGUUCUGCAGGCGAGCAGAGCUCUCGGACGUCCGACCUGUCACUUUUGCCAUACACGAAAGAACUUGAGAACAUCAAGAGAAAAUUGUUGUGCCCCGAGCAUCGACUGGGGGACUCGAACGAUAUAUUCUGUUGGGAAUGGGCUAAAUACCUAUACGAUGCUCAAGACUCAGAUAACCCCUGCGUUACUCUACCAAAUACACCCCAUUUCGACGAGAUUCACAAGGCACGUAAGGAACGAACUGCGUCGUUGCUUCAACGUAUGCCCACCGAACUUAUUUCGCCCAUUAUUCACAAUCACGUCCACCUCUCAUCCGAGUCUGCCAUCGAUAACACAUGGGCCUCUAAUUCCGAAUGGCAAAGGGGAGACCCUAUGGUUCCUCCAACUCUCGAGAGGACAUAUGCACUCUACAUGGAGAGUGACGAAGAAACCGAUGAAGACGGAACACCGCAAGAUGAUAUUGACGAUAUCCUUAGGAAAAUUGAUCUUUGCUACCCUGCUCUGAAUUUUCUGCAGUAUGUGGAUAAGCUAAAGAGACGUGGAAUAUUUUAUCUGCCGACUGCAGCGCAUUUUGGUAUUAGGUUUUACGUGGAGAAGGUUGGCAUGUCAGAGGGCGCUGCAUAUACUUUUCACACUCAUGUCUGUAAAGCUCGCAUGAAGGAAGAACGUGCGAGGGCGAGAAGGAAGGAGAAAGGGAAAAAGAGGGCACGGCGAGUGCAGGCUGACAAUCUCGAGUAG